GGGAACUCGGCGGUUGUGAGAGUCGCGUCGAAAUAAUCUCCCCUCUGAUAUAGUCGUGAAAAUAACGGUCGUUCUCUCUACAAAGUUCUAUGAUGUUGUGAUGUUUUUGUGAUCGCUUGUAAUUUUUGAUAACAGUCAUGAUUACGUUGACGGUAUUGAGCGCUGUUUUCGUGAUAGUGAGUGGUAGAAGUUUGACGAGUAUGGAACUCGCGCCGCGAGGUUGCGAGUGGCAGAUUCAACCGUUGCAAGAUGGCGAGAACGUAGAAGAACCAGUGCUCUACUGUCAAAUUAGGACUAUAAAUGCUGCCGAAUCACUUAUUGGAAAUUUAACGCAAUCGCAUGCCGAUCGCGUGACUAUCCUCGUGCUGGAAUGCAACGACGCUUUAUUUUUCGAAAGCACGCUCGAAACGAGACAGGGCGCCUUUUUAGCGUCUCUAAAAAAACUCAAAGAUCUUAGAAUCGAAAAUUGCAAGGUGAGACACAUACCCGCCGCCGCGAUGUCUUCCCUCAGGCAUUUACGUCGUUUCUCUUUGCGGUCGCACAACUCCGAAUGGUCGGCCAUGGCACUGGAACUACAUCCGGAAAGUUUUAGGGGCAUGAGUGAAAUUAGGAGCUUGGACCUCGCCGACAACAAUAUUUGGAACACUCCCCAAGAAUUGUUUUGUCCCCUCUAUAGCCUGACACGUCUCAAUUUGACCAAGAACAAACUUCAAGAUAUUUCCACUUUGGGAUUAUCAGACUGGGGCAAGGGGCCUCUGGCUCCCGGUCGCGCUUGUGUCAACGGAUUGGAAGUGCUCGAUUUAUCCGACAACGAUAUAAUAUCUCUCCCAGAUAAUGGAUUUUCGGCGUUACGCAGCCUGGAAUCCCUGUUUCUUCAAGAAAACGCCAUUUCCACCCUCGCAGACAGAGCCUUCGUCGGCCUGAAUGCUUUAAGGACCGUCAAUUUAUCCAGCAAUUGUUUAGUAGCGUUGCCACCAGAAUUAUUCCAAUCGUCUCGAGAUUUAACGCACCUCUACCUGCACAAUAAUUCGCUAAGCGUCCUCGCUCCCGGAUUGCUGGAAGGAUUGGAUCAGCUGCGGGUCCUUGACCUAUCCAACAAUGAGCUUACGAGCCGUUGGGUAAACAGGGACACGUUUUCGGGACUCGUGCGCCUGGUGAUUCUAAAUCUGAGCAACAACCAACUCUCCAGGAUCGACGGCAACCUAUUCCACGACCUGUACACCUUACAAAUGUUAAAUCUCGAACAUAACAUUAUCACUACCAUCGCCGAGGGAGCUUUUCAGGAAUUAAAAAAUUUACAUGGACUGACAUUGUCCCACAACAAAAUCGUGCGCAUCGAAUCGUACCAUUUCGGCGGUAUGUACGCACUAAAUCAGCUGCUAAUAGAUUCUAAUGAAAUUGAAUACAUCCACCCGAAAGCCUUCGAAAACGUGACGAAUCUGCAGGACCUGGGUUUGAAUGGUAACCUUUUAGGCGGCGUUCCCGCCGGUAUAGGCCAGUUAAGGUUCCUAAAGACGCUUGAUUUGGGUAAGAACCAUAUCGAAUCGGUUACGAACGCAUCGUUUGAAGGCCUAGACCUGCUUUAUGGCUUAAGGCUAGUCGAUAAUCACAUAGUGAAUAUAUCGAGAGACACUUUUUCCACGCUCCCGUUGUUGCAAGUGUUAAAUCUCGCUUCGAAUAGGAUCCGAUACGUCGAGCAAAGUGCAUUUUCGAGCAAUCCAACUUUAAAAGCAAUCAGACUAGAUUCGAACGAGCUCGGUGACAUAAGCGGCGUAUUUACCAAUUUACAGAGUUUGGUGUGGCUGAACGUAUCCGCAAACCGCCUUCACUGGUUCGAUUUUAGCCACCUGCCUGUCAGUUUGGAAUGGCUGGACAUGCACAGCAACAAAAUUCCCGAACUUGGAAAUUAUUACGACAUGACGAACAUGCUCAGCAUCAAAAUGCUAGAUGUGAGCUUCAAUUUGAUCACUCGUCUCGACGGCAACUCCGUACCGGAUAGCGUGGAAACUCUGUAUCUGCAAAACAACAUACUUACGGAAUUAGCCCCUAACACUUUUAUUAACAAGAAUAGAUUGGAGAAGGUGGUUUUGUAUGGGAACAAAAUUAAAUACUUAGACUUAGCGGCACUAAGUUUAACUCCUGUGCUUGACGACAGAGACUUGCCCCAGUUUUAUAUAGGUGGAAAUCCUUUUUAUUGUGACUGCAAGAUGGAGUGGUUGCUUAGGAUCAACCACUUGAGUAAUCAGAGGCAGUACCCGCAAGUUUUGGAUCUAGACGACGUAAAAUGCGAGUUGGCACAUUCAAGAGGCUCUCCACCGCAGCCUUUGCUCAAGCUGAAGCCGUCCAACUUCUUGUGUCAAUACCAAACCCAUUGCUUCGCGCUGUGCCACUGCUGCGACUUCGAUGCCUGUGACUGCGAGAUGACUUGUCCCGACCGAUGUUCAUGCUACCACGAUCAUUUGUGGUCGUCCAACGUGGUGGACUGUAGCAACGCAGGAUACAACACGGUCCCUGAAAAAAUUCCUAUGGACGCCACCGAGAUUUACCUCGACGGGAACGACUUAGGCGAACUAGGCAGCCACGUUUUCAUCGGCAAAAAGAAACUUGAAAUUUUAUAUUUAAACAACAGCAACGUGAAAGCUUUGCACAACAGAACAUUCAACGGCGUCACCUCGUUGAAAGUACUGCACAUAGAGAACAACGAACUAGAGGAAUUGAGAGGUUUCGAAUUCAACGAGUUGAACAAUAUAAACGAACUCUACUUGGACCACAAUAAAAUAGAGUUUGUUGGCAACCAGACAUUUCGUAAUAUGAGCAAACUUCAAGUCCUUAACUUGGACGAGAACAAAAUAACGGAUUUCGCCCCUCUGCAGCUCACACAGGAAAAAUUGGAUUACCACCCCCGAGUGACCGUUAACGGGAACAAAUGGUCGUGCGACUGUGACUCGCUAAGUCGCCUCGCUUCCUGGAUACGAACAUCGGGUACCGACUCGUCGAAAAUGCUGUGCACCGGGGAUUCGGAUACAGUAGCCGUAGCUAUGACUCGCUGCGAAGAUUUAGAGAACGCUAUCGCCACUUCGGUAGUUCAAAAUAAAAUUAUCAAGAACAAUCAGUUGUUUGGAGGUAGCUUUGUGCCGCUCCUAGCCGCCACCCUCGUCUCGGUCAUUAUCGUCUGUCUGCUCGUCGCGAUAGUGUUCGUGUUUCGGCAAGAAGUGCGUCUGUGGGCCCAUUCCAAAUACGGUGUACGUAUUUUUCAGGACAUAUCGAGCGUGCGUGUCGACGAUGACGACCGUGAUAAACUCUACGAUUGUUACGUGGUAUACAGUCUCAAAGACGAUGACCUAGCGUCGAAAAUAAUCGCGUCCGAACUGGAACAGACGGGCCACACCUUAUGUUUGCAUUACAGAGAUCUGCAUCUCAUCAGUGGCGUCUCGUUUCUUACCGACGCCAUGGUCGGCGCCGCCGAUGCGUCCCGGAGGGUGUUAUUUGUGGUUUCGCCUUCCCUAAUAAGUAACGAAUGGUCCAAACCGGAGUUCAGAACAGCCUUGCAGGCAGCACUGCGCACCACGUUCAGGCAACGUUUGAUUUGCGUGCUCAGCGGCGAUCCAUUGGAGCCGAUGGAUCCAGAACUAAGGGCGUUGUUGCGGGCUUGCACCGUUACCAGAUGGGGCGAGCGCCGAUUCUGGGAAAAGCUACGUUAUGCCAUGCCAGACGUGACCAACAAUCAAUCGGUGAGACGUCAAAAGAAGCAAGGAGAGAUUAGAUGCAAACCGGCGCCUAGGUAUUGCGCUACUCCCGUUGUACACGACUCUUGGUACAAGUAUCAAGCUAUGCCUGGGGUUCACACCACAACGCUGACGCCGACGCCCACGCAGAGCACUUACGUUUCGGGGGAAUCGGCUAGGAGUACCGAGGAUGAAGCGGGUUCCAGCGCCAGCAGUCAGCAUUAUGGUUCCGAGCAGCUAAACCACAGCUACGUUUCGAUCAACGGCAGGCCUCCUCAGUACAGUCAGUAUCCCCCUUGCAGAUCAGAACAUCCCCAUCAUGUGUACUCCACGAUACCCGACUCCCAGCCCCAGUCGAGGACGUACUUUGUUUAAAAUGGGCGGUGAUUACUAUUUUCGAAGGCUGUUUCAACUUGUUUCGCUAAGAUUUUAUAUCUUGAGAUUUAUUAUAUUGCUAUAUUAUAUGGAUGUUGCAAAAGAAUCUCAAAUUUUUCGGUAGCUGAUAAAAUGAUUACUGUGUAAUAUUUAUUUAUGUAUAUAUUUUGUAAAUAUCGUCAGAGAUUAUAACUAUACACAGUACAUUGAGUGUACCAAAUUGAUGAACGCUUAUUAGUCAUUAAUUUUAAUUGACUCUGUAAAUAUUUCUAUGUAAUGAUUUUCCGAUUUUACUAAAGACUGUUAUAUAAAUACUGUACAUUGAUAUU